ACUCUAACCCCGCCCGCGCCACAGUCCUCGAGGCGCUGCUGCUUCGCGGUGAGCCAACGAAAGCCUGCAGAGGCAAACGAGAGCGACAGGGAAGAAGGGUGGCAGAGCCUGCCGCGACAUCGCGCGUCCUCUCCAUAAAAGCCACCUCGCUCGCUGUGAGCUCAAAAGAAGACGCAGUUUAGCUUUAGCGAGAGAUGGCGAAAGCUAAAGCGGUCCCCUUUUAACCACCUCAAGCUUCCGCCUCCUCACCGCUUCUUUCCCCUUCCAUCGAUGGCGUCCGGAGUCCCUUCUUCCGCCGUCUUCCUCUCGAUUGCGUUCAACCCUCCCGCCCCCACAAGCGAAUGAGAUCGUUCCCCGGGUCCAAACACUGUUUCGUAUUUGUUUUCUUCUGGAUUUACGUCGAUGUUGUUAGUGAUUCUGUUGUCGUGUGGAGUGGCAUUGGGUUGCUGAGGUUUGCAUACUUUUCUGCGUCAUCUCUCUUUCAGAGCGGAGAGAAGGAGUCAGUGGUGGUGGAGGCGAUGAAUGCCAAAGCGCGGACGCGGUCGCAAGGCACGAAAGCUUCCCCGAAGCACGAGAAAGGAAGCGGCAAGGAGAAGAAGACUGGGAUGGAGCGUAAUGGAUCAAUGGCUACAGAGGAUGUAUCUAAGAGAUGCCAAUCUAGAAGAGAUAGGAAGUUUGCUCUGCAGCAAGAUGUUGAUAAGCUAAGGAAGAAGCUGAGAAACGAAGAGAAUAUCCACAGAGCUUUGGAGAGGGCUUUCACCAGACCUUUGGGUGCUCUUCCUCGCCUUCCACCAUAUCUGCCUUCACAUACUCUGGAACUUCUGGCUGAAGUCGCCGUAUUAGAAGAAGAGGUGGUUCGCCUCGAAGAACAGGUGGUGAAUUUUUGGCAAGGCCUCUAUCAAGAAGCUAUAUUUAUCUCAUCCUGCAAGAAAACAAAGGAAUUAGGAUCUGAUGCUCGAUUCCUUUCUCAAUGCUCCAAAACAUUGGAGCAACCAAAGUCGUAUUCGGAUUCAGCAUAUUCUGAAGACUCGGCCUUCAUCAAACAGCCAACCUCUGUGCAGCGGUCUUCGAACAUGGACCAAACCAUCACUUCAUCUACUCGUUUCACCGAUGGCAAACUUGCACCAAAGAAGCCACACUCAUCUUUGGCGGUCACUGAUAAGCAGCAAGGAAAAGAGAACCUUAUUAGUGGUAAUGUUGGUAGGAACUGCAAGAAAUCUCCAGCAAAGAAAGUCCCAAAAGUGAGCGCUGCUGCAAAGAGAAAUACACAGGCAGAUUCGUGGCCAAAAUGCACUUCUGUCUAUGAUGAAGGAGCUGAAAUUAAGUUAAGUAGUUCUUUAAAAGAAGCAGCAUUUGAGAUGGCCAAUACUGCAAGUGAAUCAACACUUCAUGAACCGAAUGGCCCGAACAAACUAUCUGAGGAUAUCUUGAAGUGCCUGAUGGAUGUUUUCUCACGGAUGAGCUCCCCGGGGAACACAAAAGAGCACAUGGAGACAUCUCCAUCAGUAUCAGGAUCUAGUGGGAGUUUGGAAGAGUCGGAUUCCAUAGACCCAUAUGGUAUCUGUGCAGAAUUUGGAAGAAGAGACAUUGGCCCAUACAAACUUUUCCAAGCAGUUGAAACAAGCUUGAAUGUUCGAGACCUUCUCAUGGGUUGUUCAUUUCUUACAUCGAGAUUAAAACGUCUGCUCGGAGAACUUGCAUCAGUGGAUUUAGCAGGUCUUACACAUCAGCAGAAGAUUGCAUUCUGGAUUAACAUUUACAAUUCAUGCAUGAUGAAUGCAUUUCUAGAGCAGGGGAUUCCUGCUAAUCCUGAGAUGAUUAUUGCACUGAUGCUAAAGGCUAUGAUUAAUGUGGGUGGUCACCUACUCAAUGCAAUGACAAUUGAACAUUUCAUAUUGAGGCUGCCUUAUCGGUCGACACAAGUCUCCCCUAAGGGUUCUAAAAGUGAUUAUGUGACAAUGCGAGGCAUAUUUGGAUUGGAAUGGCCUGAACCCUUGGUUACAUUUGCACUUUCAUGCGGAAGUUGGUCGUCCCCCGCUGUGAGAGUGUAUACGGCAGAUCAAGUCGAGAAUGAGUUGGAAAGAGCCAAGAGAGACUAUUUGCAAGCAGCCAUCGGUAUUUCCACACCAAACAGAUUGGCAAUUCCUAAGCUGCUCGACUGGUACCUACGUGAUUUUGCCAAAGAUGUUGAUUCUUUAAUGGAUUGGAUCUGCUUGCAACUGCCAGAUGAGUUGAGGACUGAAGCAAUCAAAUGCCUUGAGAUGGCCAAAAGAAGUCCAAUUCAGCAGCUGAUUCAACUUCUUCCAUAUGAGUUCAGAUUCAGAUACCUUUUGGCUCCAUAACCGACUUGUACAUCUCACAGUAUGAUGCUUUCCAUGGUAUCCCAAGUGUUAAUGGUUUGUGAUAUCGAUUUGAUAAGCACAUUGAAAUUUGUUGAAUAAGAUUUUGCAUUUUUGUGAUUGUA